AUGGCGUCAGAGAUCAAGCAGUUGAAGGCAAAGCAAGGAGGAGGAAGAUUGGAGGAAGUAAUGAGACAAGCCAUUAUUACACCACUAGCUACGCACCUGGCAAGAGCUCUCAUCCCCCCGAAGUACCCAAUCCCAGCGUUCGAAUGUUAUGAUGGCUCCAGCGACCCUGCAGCUUAUCUUCGUUAUUUUAACCGAACAAUGGCCCGAUGGGAGAGAGAUGAUGUAGCCAUGUGCAGAUACUUUCCUUCGAGUCUGAAGGUAUCGACAUUGUCAUGGUUUGACAACCUACCCCCUAAUUCCAUUGAUUCUUACAGCCGUCUCACCGAAGUAUUCUUGGAAACCUACAUGUACAACAAGACUGUUAAUGCAGACAUGGACAAGUUUUUCUCACUAGCAGUCGGACUCAAAGAAACAAUUAGAGAGUACACCUAUAGGUGGCAUAAGAUUUUUCAAGCGAUAGGGAAUGUUAUCCCUGUGGUCAGCAUCAAAUGCUACAAAUGGGGGUUGAACAUGAUGAGCCCACUAUUCGUUGAGAUUCAUGGAAGUAACCCUACAACCGAAGGAGAUCUUCGGGUAAUCAUUGAAAAACAUGCCAGGUUGGAAGAAAUCCAGCGGGAGAAUCCCAAGGCGCAGAUGCAAAAGUCUCAUUGGACAAAUUCAGCAGAGCGAGCCAGCGGUUCAAAAAGGAUGAACUCUACCGAACGCUUCAACGAAGAUAAGAGAGGACGAAGAGAUGAUCCUCGGCGCGAUGAUCAAAAAUUAUAA